GGCGCCCUAGGCCUUCCUGCUGCGGUGUGGACACGGGCCCCGUGUGUGGGUGAAAGAGACUGCUUUGACCCUGUGGUGCCUCCGCAGCCAGCGAGAAGAAAACGCAUUUUUCCACAUCUACUGGAUCCAGUGACUUCUGUUACCAGCGACAUGGCAGUGCCAGGUUGCAACAAGGAUAAUGUCAGAGCUGGCUGUAAAAAAUGUGGCUACCCUGGUCAUCUGACCUUUGAAUGCCGCAAUUUUCUUCGAGUAGACCCCAAACGGGACAUAGUGCUCGAUGUCAGCAGUACAAGCAGUGAAGACAGUGAUGAAGAGAAUGAAGAACUAAAUAAAUUGCAAGCAUUACAAGAGAAAAGAAUAAAUGAAGAAGAAGAAAAGAAAAAAGAGAAAAGCAAAGAGAAAAUCAAAUUGAAGAAAAAGAGGAAAAGGUCUUAUUCCAGUUCCACUGAAGAGGACUCUUCAAAACAAAAGAAACAAAAAUGUCAGAAGAAGGAAAAGAAAAAAGAAAAAAAGAACAAAUCAAAAAAAGGGAAACAUCACAAAAAGGAAAAAAAGAAGAGAAAAAAGGAAAAGCAUUCUUCUGCCCCUAAUCGUUCUGAAUUCAGUAAAAAGUAACUGAAACUGUAACCUAAGUCGUGAAAUUUAAAAAUUCAUUUGCUCUUCCUUGGAACGUAUUGUAUAAUUAUGCUUUGCAGUAAAUCCCCCGCUUUUCCGUAUGUAUAUUUUUCAUAUGUAGAACCAUCAUCCCUCUGGCUUUAUGUCAGUCUUGUUACUUAAUAGCCAUACUUCAGGACAUAGAUAUUUGUACAUACAAAACACAUUUUUAGUA